GAGAUCAGUCGUCUGGCGGCCCAGUUGAGGCGUCUCUACGGCUCCAACAGGAAGUCCAGGCGGCCAUUUCACCUUUUCCUGACCGAGCUGCGGGCCGGCGGCCGCCUGCACAGGGAGUGCGUGCGCAUGAACGACGGCUUCCUCAACUACACGAUGGAAAUAACAGAGGAAAGCUGCUUAGACCUGUUCCCCCCAGAAACGGUGGUCUACCUCACUCCAGACGCCGAAGAAGUGCUGGACAUCCUGCUGACCUUUUCUGAGACGGGCAGCUGGAUCCGGGCCCUGGAGGCCGGGGUCCCUCCGGGAAAAGGCUACGUGGUGUCGGCGGGGGGGCGGGAACUUCUGACCGACGCUCAAAUGGACGGACGCUCC